CUCUCCCUCUCUUUCCCUCUGCUCGCUUCUCUCACACUCUGUGUGCCUGUGUUUCUGCCAAGGUCUGAGUCUUUCAGUGUGGGAAUGUAGCAAGCUCAGAGACAGGACUGCCUUUGAAUUCUGGUGCAAUGACGGAUGCAGGGCAGAAGCUCGGAUGUGCACUGACAAAACGGGAGAACUGAGGGCAGGGAUUGGGAAAAGGAUCUGAUGGAUUUAACCCUCGCAGCCAUCUCUGCCUGAUCACAGUACAUCAUUCUCCCCCUCUCCGCUGUUCUCUCCUGUGGGGUGGAUUACCGGCUACCCGUGUCCACUGAUGCACCGCUGUAGAGACUAGAGGGAAGAUCUUAGCUACGUAGCCAGAGACAAAGUGCCGUGUUGAGGGAGAACGAGAGACGCAGAGCUGUCCCUUGUGUGGAGCUGUGCUUCUGCCACUACCUGAGCUUCUCCACACACACACACACACACACGCACAAACUCACACACAGAGGCAGGGCUGCGCCAGCCGCGACGACCGAUGCGUUAAUGCAGCUGUGAGAGAAGAUCUGCAGCAGGGAGCUGCCCUCGCACUAACACUCACGGAUUUACAAGGAAAAUUUGACUCCAGGCAGAACACCGACGGAUCUGCAAAACUUAAUUUUUGUUCUAUUUUUUGCCUCUAUAUAUGGAACGUCUUGGGAAUUACCUUUGGUUCUUCGGAAGCUGAACUAAACAGAGGCUUGUUCCCAAAACCCGCUGUUCUCCCAAACCCACUCCUUUUAGGUUUCUGAUCGAGUGCGUGUGUAUGUGCGUGUAUGUGCGUGUGUGUGUGCGUGUGUACGUGACUACUUGUGUCUUCGGGAUUUAGGGUUUGUUUACUGUAUUGUAUAUAAUCUAUUUAUUUAUGUGUUUAUAUAUGUAUAUACAUAUACGUAUAUGUAUAUAAAUAUAUAUAAGCUGAUGUUCGCUGUGCUUUUCAAGUGAGUAGUCAGUAUUGCAUGUAUCUGUAGCUGUGGAAGAGUGUUAAAUGAAUAUUAAUGAGAUGCCCAGUUUUGGCUCCCUCCCCAGCCCCCUCCACUGCUUGCACUACUUCCUGGCUGGGCCCUGAACCCCAGAAGCAUGAGUGAGAGAACAGCACUAGGGGCCACCAUGGAGACCAUGACCCUGGAGGAGCCCGGGGGUGAACAAGCCUCUCCCCGGGCCCCAGGGCCCCUCCGCUGUGGCCCCUGUGCAGUCUGGCCACGCCAGCAGACCUGGCUUUGUGUUGUGCCCUUGCUGAUGGGCUUUGUGGGCCUGGGCCUCAGCCUGAUGCUUCUAAAAUGGAUUGUGGUGGGCUCAGUGCAGGAUUACGUCCCAACUGAUCUGGUGGACGCCAAUCGCAUUGGACAGGACCCGAUUUUCCUAUCUAAACCCAGUUCCCUGCCUAAGGGUUCUGAUGCUUCAGCAUCUACCACUUCCACCACUCCCUCAGCAGCUCCAGGUUCUGCAACUCGAGCAGCUGAGGGCACAGGUACAGUGCAAAGAACUCGAAUUGGGCAGUCCUCAAACCACACGGCCAGUAGCAGUAGCAGCAGUGGAGGUGGCGGUGGGGGGUUAGGGGGAGGCUCAGGAAACAGAGCUCCACACCUGCAUAACAGAGUGGGAACGCGAGUGACCAACAUCACAACCACAACCCGGGCCACCAAUCCUGCUCCACCAGGAGGAAAGGAGGUUACUCCACGCAGCACCACUGUCCGAAAGCCCAACGGUGAGGGCGGGAGUCGAAGCGCAUCACCUUCUGCACGAGCUGGGCCACCGAGUCCGACCACCACUAGCACGACAACCACUACGAUUACAACGAGCACUACCACCACCCAAGCUGCCCAACCGACCUCUACCCCUGCAUCGCCCUCCAAGCCUGGUCAACGCUGGAACCAUGGGCGCUCCUCCAAGGGGCCUUCCACCAAACCUACUCGCCCACACCAUCGCUUCAGGACACUUGCUCCCACAACCUCCACGGUGCGUUCGGAGUUCUUCAAGCCCUGCCAGGACAGUCAGGAGAUGGCCUUCUGUUUGAAUGAGGGCGAGUGCUUCAUCAUUGAAACUGUGGCAGGGGUGCACAGACACUGCAGGUGUAAAGAAGGUUACCGUGGACUUCGUUGUGACCAGUUUGUCCCGAAGACUGACUCCAUCCUAUCUGACCCAACGGCAGAUGAGCUGGGCAUUGAGUUUAUGGAGAGUGCAGAAACUUAUCAGAGGCAGAUUCUGUCCAUCUUCAGCAUAGCCAUGGGGAUCAGCCUGCUGGGAGUCGCUUGCAUGGCGCUUUACUGCAAGAACAAGAGACAAAGAGAGAAGCAUCGAGCGCAUCUGACCGAAAUUCGCAACUUGAGGGACUGUACUGUCAACGCCUCUGGUCUCAUGUCUAAAUCAAGCCCCAGACUCGAGAGCAGCCUCCAGCUUCAAAAGAGCAGAAGAGUCCACGGUCUCUCCUCUCCGCAGGCGGCCAGCAUAGUUCUCAGCAGCUCUAAAGUCUCCCUACCAAAUCAAAAUCGCAGUUUCUCCAUGGGGAAGCGCUGCAGAAGCUGCUCGUUCUCCUCGAGCCCCGCUCUGAAACACAAGGUAUCCAAUUAUCGAGCUGUCUCAAAGUGGACUCCCCCCAUCCCUAGAGCAGGCCAUCAUCUCAGUGGAGGAUCUCGAGAUUCUCUACAUUCUUAUAAACAUCUUCAGGAGGUGGAGGUCAAUGAUGUAAUGCCACAAGCUUUGAGAAGGUGCCAGUCUCACUUGGACAGCAAUCAACAAAACCGUUGCAAUUUGAAUAUGCAAAUUAUGCUCUCCGCCCAUUCCAAAGGGAAGAUGAGCUACACUGAUGUUCCGUGCACUCGUCUCGACCAGGGAAUGACCUUUCCUCCCCCUUCUUUCCGAGCCCACUCUGUACCCAUAAUCCCUUCCGUCCAGGGACCAGAUUUUGGGGGCGGAGGCGGGAACAAGCUGCAUAAUGUGGGUAUGGGAUCUUCCAGCUACAACCCAAUCAAUCCUGAGACUGAGUCAGUGGCAAAUUCCAGCCGAUCACUUGCCAGCUCCUCUGCAACCGUGCAGGAGCCACAGACACUCACCUGCUCCGAAUCGGCACUGAUGUCAAGGGGCCAAAUCAAACACAAAAGCCUUGUUACCUACACAACGGCCUUGGGAUCAGGCACAAGCUCGAGGAGAGCUAAGACUGUCAUUUCAAUGACUGUGCUGGGAACAGGGGUGAAAACCACGCAGUACGCCGCCAGCCUGCUGUCUAAGACUACCGCAGGACGGGAGGAGCAUUCCGCUUUUGAGGAAGUAAAGCAAGGUGAUGGUUUACAAACUUCAUUCACGGGGGACGAAAAAGACAGCUCAUUUUCCAGUGGGGUAAGAGGCGAGACUUCCCUCGACCAUCCCAAGAGCUGAUUGGAUAAAUGCAAAGAUGGCUUUGAAAACUCUAUAUGGAAGGGGCCAGGACGUCCCCGCUUCUUGUGCAAGACACUUAUUUUUGGAACUAUUUUACUGCAUUGUGAAGUACUACAACUACUGAUUUAAAACACUGAAUUAUUUGACGACACAAUGUGAAUAGAUAUAUGAACGAAUGAAGACUUUGGUGGGAUGUUGAUCUAAAGAGGUACCCAAGAAGAUUUAUAUGCCACUAUUUAACAAAAAGCUUCAAUUUAGAAACCAAAUAGUGUGUCAUCUCAAUGUUGUUUCUCUACUGUAAAGAAGAAAAAAAUAUAAUAGGUGUCAAAUCUAUAUGUAUGUCAUAUAUUCCGAUGUAUAUGACAUACUGAGUGACGAAAAUAAAGAUGCAAAACACGGUAAUGCCGAAGCUUUUUUUCCAAUAACUGCUGUUCUAUAAUCUCAACCCAGCUCUGUCUUUUUGUCUGUUUUGCUUGAGGUCUUGAGAAGAAAAGAAAAAAAAAGCAGCAGUUUCUGAAUAAAAUCUGAAUGUCACCCUGUCAUUUGAUCAGAGUA